UUGUUGUGAUGUCUUACAUUUAUUCAUUUGGCAGACGCUUUUAUCCAAAGCGACUUACAAGAGAGGAAAACAUAAGUGAAUCAUCUUAGGAGACAGUGGUAUGAAAAGUGCUGUAUUUCAAAGUAUCACUAUAGCAUCAUAAUAGUAUUCAAAACAGAAUAAAGUGCAACAGAUUUUUUUUUUUUUUUUUUUAAAUGACUGGUUAAGUGCUCAUGGAGAAUACUUGAGAAUACUUUUGUAAAAUACGUGAAUCCUAAGAAUGUGAUUAAGAUUCAGUAGCUUGGAUGUCGAGGACAUGGUGACUAAUGGAAUAUCUCAAACGGCUUAAACGAAAAGCUUUAACGGCACAGUCAUCCUCUUCCAGGCAUUUUCCAGUUUUUCUAAAGCAGAUGACAGUGCUGCCGUAUUUAGAAUCGUUAUUUGAGUCACUUCAUUACCGUAAACGCUGAGAGAAACGAUGUUUGGCUAGUGUGCAAUGCUUAGCUGCUAUUGUUAAUGUUCCAGUUGGUGAUACUGUAGUAUCGUCAGAGCAUGAGAAGUUACUUCCGUGUUUUCCCCGUAAAGCAGCAGGACCAGACACGUAAUGCUAUCGUUUUAAAAAACAAGGAUGGGUCAGUCAAUGAGUGAACACAUCCAUGUUACUUCGAGGGAGCAUGAACUCAGAACAGAUGCAUACACAAGUGUGCAAGCUUUCCCUCUAGCAGUCGUUGAGGAGAUCUUACUGAAUCUGCCAGCACAGCAGGUGGUUCGAGUCUGUCGGUUGGUGUGUCAUGAGUGGAAGGAGCUGGUGGACAGUGCUGCUCACUGGAAAGAGCGCUGUCGGAGAGAAGGCCUCCAGCCGUGCGACGCCUCCAGACCCCCGGCCAACUGGCGGAUGUUUUACUUUUUAGCUAAGAAACGACAUAACAUGCUCAAGAAUCCCAGAGCAGAAGAUGAAUUAAAUGGAUGGAAGAUUGUACAGAAUGGUGGUGACCGCUGGAAAAUAGAAGAUAAUUCUGUAGAAAUUCCAAAUAACACAGUCCCUAAAUGCUUCGUCACAUCUUACUACUUAUGUAUGAAGCAGCAGCUCAUUGAUUUAAAAAAAGAAGGCUACAGUCCUGCUUUCAUGGAUCACUUACAACCUGAUAUCAAAAUAACAGACUGGUAUGCGCCACGCUGGGACUGUGGAAGUCAGUAUGAGAUUUGUGUAGAGUUGCUUGAUCAGAAGAAGAAAGUGAUGAGUACCUAUCAGCCUGAACCAGUGUUCUUUCCACAGUGGAACGAUCAGCAGUGGUGUCAAAUGACACAUGUCUUUAAGGAUUAUGGUCCUGGGGUUCGGUUUAUCCGUUUUACUCAUGGAGGGAAGGAUACACAGUACUGGGCAGGCUGGUAUGGAAUACGGAUCACUAAUAGUAGUGUGGAGAUCUGUCCAGCUGCAGAGAUAUAGUGCUGUCCAUUCUCGCUUUGUUCUCUGAGUUAUAAAGGGAUAGUUCACCCAAAGAUAAAAAAAAUAAAAUCUCACUCUCAUUUACUCCCCCUCAUGUUCUUCUAAACCUGUUUAACUCACUUUAUGGAACACAAAAAAUGUAAGGCCUCAGUCAACAUUCACUUUAAUUGUAUGGAAAAAGAUGCAAUGAAAGUGAACGUCGAGACUGUGCCUAACAUCUGUUUUUAUGUUCUAUGGAAGAAAGUCAUACAGGUUUAGAACAAUGUGAGGUUAAUCAAUGAUUAUAAACAUUUAUUUUUUGGGUUGAACUGUUGUUUUAAUGGUGAAUGUUUCGCAAGAAAAUUGUGCAUCUCACAAUAUUGUACAUUUAUUUCCACUACAUCUUAAAUCAAUAUUCAGUUAUUUAUAUUUAAAAAUACUUCUUGGUCCUCCUUUCUCACUAAUCCAUGCUGUUUCUUAUUCUCUUCCAACAAAUACUGUGUUGUACUGGUAAAAAGAAGCACAUUGAACAGUAUGUUAUUGUCAGCCUGAUCUCAUGAAAUGUACGUGACAAUGGCAACAUUUUUACAAACCAAAGUUACGUGCUUCAUUAUACGUUUGGCUGCAGUUUCCCAGUAAAAUAUCCUGCGGCGGGGGGGGGAUGGGGGGGGUGCCAAAAGAGAGUGAAAUGAUGUUGUAAUCAGACAAGGUUUUUAAGGUGAAUAUUAGAUGGAAGAAAUUAGUAAAAUGGACCUCCCUAACCUAAAACUUUAACCUAAACCUAACCAAUAGUGUUUUAAAAGCAAAUUCGACAUGAAAAGCACAUUAACUGAAGCAACCACGUCAUUUUGUGUCUCUUCUAUGGCACUUUCACUUCACUUUUGUUUCGAGAGUCCUUGGAUGGGCUUGUGGCUCGGUUUCCGAGUCCAAAGUCCAACACUCUACCAGGUGAGCUAGAGCAAAGCUAAUGAUGUUGGAAUAGUUGUGUAAAUGUUGGUGGGUCUUUAAUAAAAGCAUUAACAUGUAUUGUUUUUCAAAUGUG